AUGAGCUCAAAUGUAGCUGGUGGUAAAUUUUGUCAGAUCUUAUCUUGCUAUACUAAAGACGGAUUAAGCACUGAGUUUGGGGUCAUUUUUGCUGAAUCCAACGAGGAUUUUGUUGAUAUUCUCUUCAGUUUCUUCACGUUACCCAUGGGAAAAAUAAUCAAGCUUACUGGUAAUCAAUCACCAGCAGCGAGUGUAGGUUGCAUGAACAAUUUAUAUAAAAGUGUUAGAAAACUUGAGGUACCACGUUUUGAAACUGAAACAUGCAAGAGCAUGUUGCUAAAUCCGCGAAGUGUGACAGCUGCUCUGUGUGAGAAUCUAAAACUGAAAUUAGAUAAAGAUGAGCGCCUGACGUAUUUUCGCUGCAUUGGCAGCUGUGGAAGUUCAAAUUUCAAGCUAUUAAGUCAUUACGCUAAUGCUAUUUGUGCUUGUGGAAAGCGCAUGGCAUAUGGGAUGAAUCUGGUCAUCAAAAAAGAUUUUGAUGCUGAAGAUGGACUCUUUGUCAAAGGGUUGACACGACUGAUAGUAAACGAUGAAUUACGAGUAGUUACCUCCUCAAGUGCUGCAAGCUUUUCUAUACUUUCCAAGCUUGGGAUCAUGGAUGGAAGUGCAAUUGAAGUGAGGUCCUUCAUCAUAGGAGUAGAUCAGGUCUUCUCUCAGGCUUUGAAAUUGCUCAAGUGCUCGCUAGUAUCAAAGACACCAUUGACUGAAGUUCUUUUGGAAAACAGCCUGGUACCUGAGCUAAGUGAAAAUGAUUUUGAGCAUGGGAAGAUGGUUGUCAAGCUCAUGAUCAGCAAAUCCAAGAAGGUGGUUUUCUAUGCUGAAGCAGGGGAAGAAUUUUUUGAUUUGCUCUUCAGUUUCCUGACUGUUCCACUUGGGUUUAUAGUCAAAGAAAUGCAAGGUGGCAAUUCAAAGGGAUGCAUAAAUCACCUGUAUGAUAGUAUUCAGGGUCUUGAUGCUGAGCAAUACCUAAAAUCACAGAAAAGAAGGCAAUGCUACUCAGCCCCAUGCUUUACCCUGGUUUUAGCUAUGAGAAUCAACUGUUAGGCAUUGAAGAAGAUACACAUCCACAAUAUUACUAUUCUGCUGUAUCAGAACUGGAUGACAUGCUAGUUUCUGAUGAAAAGCUUCUUCCUUCUGACAGCUCACAGACAGUUUCAGUUGUAACUGUCAUGGAUCCCAAGUCUCAUCAUAAAGAUAAGAAAAGUGGUCGAG